AUGCCAAUACCCACACACACCCCCAAUGACGCCGGCCAAAUCCCCUCUCUUGCAUUCGGCACCGGCACAGCCGCCAUCAACAUCGGUUUCACGUACUUUGACGGUGCACAGCGGUAUAAGAACGAAGCCACCCUAGGAGCUGCUAUCAGACCCUCCGAGUCCAGUGUCCCACGUUCGGAGCUCUUCAUCAGCACCAAGCAUGCGUCGCUAACCCCCGGGGAGACAGCUAAAACAGCACUUUAUAAGUCGUUGGAGAAAUUGGGGUUGGAGUAUGUGGAUUUGUAUUUGGUGCAUGCGCCCAAGGACCAUAUGGAUGGGUGCGGGGACGGACUAAAAGAGGUGUGGAAGGGAUUGACGAGGUCUAUUGGGGUGUCAAAUUUUGGGGUGGAGCAUAUAUUGGAGAUUGUGGAGGGUGCGCAAGUUUUGCCUGCUGUCAAUCAGCCUUUGAUCAAGGUGCACAAAGAGCACGGAAUCGUUACGUCCUCGUAUGGUGGGCUUUCGCCUCUUUUUCGUGCACCAGGGGGACCGCUAGAUCAUGUCGUCGAGAAAAUCAGAGCACGGCUUGAGGAUACGUGGGGAAAACCAGUGACGAGUGGUCAAGUGCUCAACAAGUGGUUGCUGCAGCAUGAUAUUCUGGUGGUCACGUACGUUUUCGUUCGUUGCUGCGCUGUGAUUAGAGAACAUGUUGAUACAUGCGACGUUCCGGAGUUGACGAGUGAGGAGAUGGGGUUGAUCCAGAGUGCCGGAGCGGGGCGCAAUCAGUCAUUUUUUAAGAAUACUGAAUAUUGUUUGAGAGAGAUAUGA